UCAUGCCAUAUCUUUUUUUUUCCUUUCCUCCUCCCUACCUGCCCAGGAUUACUAUCYAGGAGGAUUAAGACUUUGCUUAAAAAGCUUCUUGAAGAUGCCUGCUGCAUGUGAGCCAGUGCUUGAGGACAUCGAAGACAUUGUGUCAGCAGAAGAUUUGAAGCCACAUGAUCGGCAGUUUGUGAGAAAGAAUGUUAUUCCCAAAGUGCGAAAACGCAACUCCCACAAAAAUGUUCAGACAGAUGAUGAGCCCCCAAGUGACAGCAUUAUUCCUGGUGUUCAGAAAAUCUGGAUUCGUACAUGGGGAUGUUCUCACAAUAAUUCAGAUGGUGAAUACAUGGCUGGACAGCUGGCUGCRUAUGGAUACACAAUUACAGACAACUCUGCUGAAGCAGAUUUAUGGUUGCUGAACAGUUGUACAGUAAAAAAUCCUGCCGAGGACCACUUCAGAAACUCCAUCAAGAAAGCCCAAGAAGGGAAGAAGAAAGUUGUUCUAGCAGGCUGUGUACCACAGGCCCAACCUCGCCAGGAGUACCUGAAAGGCUUGAGUAUUAUAGGGGUUCAGCAGAUAGAUCGUGUAGUAGAAGUUGUGGAGGAAACUAUUAAAGGUCAUUCUGUGAGACUGCUGGGUCAGAAAAARGAUAAUGGAAAACGUUUGGGGGGAGCUCGACUGGAUUUGCCAAAGAUUAGGAAGAAUCCACUGAUAGAAAUAAUUUCCAUCAAUACAGGGUGUCUCAAUGCAUGUACCUACUGUAAAACCAAGCAUGCCAGAGGAGAUCUAGCAAGUUAYCCAGUUGAAGAACUGGUGGACAGAGCCAAACAGUCUUUUCAAGAGGGUGUUUGUGAGAUAUGGCUGACCAGUGAAGACACAGGGGCUUAUGGCAGAGACAUUGGCACAGACCUCCCCACGCUUCUGUGGAAGCUGGUUGAAGUUAUUCCUGAGGGAGCUAUGCUGAGGCUUGGCAUGACAAACCCUCCCUAUAUUUUAGAGCAUCUGGAGGAAAUGGCCAAGAUUCUUAAUCAUCCAAGAGUAUAUGCUUUUCUGCACAUACCAGUCCAGUCAGCUUCUGACAGCGUGCUCAUGGACAUGAAAAGAGAAUACUGUGUGGCAGACUUCAAACAAGUAGUGGAUUUCCUUAAAGAAAAAGUGCCUGGAAUAACAAUUGCUACAGACAUAAUUUGUGGUUUUCCUGGAGAGACAGAUGAAGAUUUUCAAGAAACAAUGAAACUUGUAGAACUGUACAGGUUUCCAAGCUUGUUUAUUAAUCAAUUCUACCCACGCCCAGGAACCCCAGCGGCAAAAAUGCCUCAAGUUCCAGCUGCAGUGAAAAAACAGAGAACGAAGGAUCUGUCCCAGCUGUUUCAUUCAUACAAUCCAUAUGAUCAUAAGGUUGGAGAGAGGCAGAGAGUUCUGGUAACAGAAGAAUCCUUUGACUCCAAUUACUACGUUGCUCACAAUCCUUUCUAUGAGCAGAUUCUUGUGCCAAAAGAUCCUCUGUUAAUGGGUAAGAUGGUCGAAGUGAAUAUUUAUGAAGCUGGGAAACAUUUUAUGAAGGGGCAGCCAGUGUCAGAUGCCAGAGUUCACACUGCAUCCAUCACCAGACCGUUAGCAAAAGGAGAAGUUUCUGGUUUAACAGAGGAGUUCAGACGUGCAYCACAGAAUGGCACAAACUGGAAAGCACAGCCUUCUGCUGAGAUCCCAGUGAAAACACGGCUGGGCUCGUGGAUGGCUUUGCAGUUCCCAUGGCAACAGGAAGGAGGUGGACUGAAGAUCCUGUCUGUCAGCCUGGCUCUACUGGCAGUUCUUGUUAUGUUUUACUACGGAGGAAUGAAAACAGAACUGUGAACUGAAUGGGGCUUUUAUGAAAACAAUGAAAUGGCUGUUUAAAAUCUUCAAAAGGAACACUUCUACCAACAAAUCUUUUUUCUUUUUUUCUUUUUUUUUAAAGGAAAGAAAAAAGCUAAUAUAAAUUGGGCAAUAAUUUGUACUCACUCUAUGCCUUUCMUGUCAUUCAAAGGAGAGAAUGUUAAUAAGCCGUGAGGAGGCCUCUCUUGCCAAAACCUGAGAUCCUUGGUUGGCAGAACAGUUUGUUGCAUCUUUCCUUUUCUUUUUUCCUAAAAUGAUGCAAUGUUUGCAUUCCAUGUUCUUCAUAAUUGCUGUAUCAGGUAAAAUUGCAUUARGUUUAUAAGAAAUCUUUCCAUUGAGUGAUACUGGUAAUCUUUUAUAUGGGUAGAAUAUUUAAAGGUUUCCUAAAGAUUUUGUUUGAUGCAGUGUGAUGGUUUGAUAUCUGUCUUUUUACAUUGGAAUGAACACUGCAAGGCCAUUAAAGUUUGUCAUUUGUUGCUAUUUA